AUGAAAGAAUUAAUAGGACGUUCAAGAAAUGAAAGAAAACUUGAUGGUAUUUACAAUAAGCAAAGAGAUAUAUUAGUAAAUCGAAUUAAAAAUAAAGAGAAUAAUGAUAUAUUUUUAAAUCUAAGUAAAAGAAAAACAAAUGAGCCAUUACCUUUUCCAGAAAUAUAUGAAAAGAAAAGAAAAGUUAAUAAACAAAAUAUAAAUGAAGAAAAAAAUGUUACUGAAAUAAAUAAUAAAGAUAGUGAAAAUAACAUUACUAUAUAUAAAGGAAUUUAUAUGAUAGUAAAUAAGCAUAUAUAUUCAAAAAUCAAAUUCUUUAAAAGCAUAAAUAUUUUUACGAAUUUAUGCAUAAAUUAUAUGAAUAAUGAUAAUAAAACUAUUUUUUUUUAUGCUUUUGAUCAAAUUUUAAAUGUUUUCCUUGAAAAACAUCUUUAUGAUGAUAUUAAAAAAAAUAAUAUAUAUACUUUUUACAAUUAUAAUGAAUUACAUAUAAAAUGCAUGAUUUCUUUUUUUGAUAAAGUUAUAAAUAGAAUAAUUGAUAAUAAAUUUGUAAUAAAUAAUAAAUUUCAAGAAAAUGUCUCUUCAAAAGUAGAAGAAAGUAUAAUAACUAGUCAAAAUUGUAUAAAAAAAGAUUCACAAGAAAAUCAAGUAUCAUGUAAUAUUAAUAAUGAUAAUAAUAAUAAUAAAAAUUUAAAUGAAAAUUUAAAAAAUGACAACUUACCAAAUUUUAGUGAUAAAAAAAAUGCUUCAACAAAAAGUAAUAACUUUUCAGAUGAAUUAAAAGAUAGAAUAAAACAAAAUGUUAAUGUAAUAAGAAUAACAAAAGAAGAAAAACAAUUUUUAAAGCUUCUUAAAAUAAAAACAUAUUAUUUAAUCAUAUUAUUUAAACUAAAUGAUAAUUUUAUUUUUAAUAAAUUAAUUAGCAUAUAUAGACAGAUAUUUGAAGAAAUUCAAAAUGAAUAUGAUAUAUAUGAGGAGAAAAUAAAUCAAGAAAAGUCUGAAAAGGAAUUAAAUAAUACUCAAUUAAUAAAAAAAAAUAAUUUAGAAGAUGAAGAAAAUGAUAAAUUAACUGAAAAAAAAUAUGUAGAAUGUAAUAACGAUGAAAUGAAUGAUAAAGAAAUCACAAAUGACUAUUUAAAUUAUUUUAAGGAAAAGUGGAAAUUACCAAAUGGCUAUGAAAUUUUUAAAGUCAAAAGAAAUGCAUUUGUUAAAUGCUUGUCAAAUUUGUUCCAUUUCAUUAAUAUUCCUUGGGCUAGAACUUCUGUUGAAAGCUUGUUCCAGGAUGUAUACUUAAAAAAAAAAAUUUUUGAUUUAUGUGAUGAAAUGCUUAUAGAAAAUUUACAAUCAUCAAUAAAAGCAUAUAUAAAUAAAAGGAAACAUAAAUAUGAUUCCCCACAUUUGUUAUCAAUUGGUGAAUCAUUAAAUCCUGUAGUAGACGCUAGAGAUGAAAAAAUUAUUUCAAUUCAUGGCUCACAUAUAUGGUCUAAUAAGCAAAUGGAACGCUAA